GCCCAAGGAGCAGCCCACCAACCCCACUCUCUGGCUCAGGCAGGCCAAAAGCUAAAACCCCUUCCCCAGGUGAGGCGGAUGUGGAUGAAGGGGGCGGGGCAGGGUGAGGGCGGGACCAGAGAGGCUGCUGGGAGCCAUCCGGUCUGUCUGGUGCCCCCUCUGUUUCCGUGGUCUGGCUUUCAAGGUGGGGGGGGGUUCCCGGCCAGCUUAGGCAUCCUUUGGGGGGCAGCAGAAACAGGCUCCUGUUAGUUCCUGCUGAGCUGGGCAGUGGUGCGGGCAGAGGGGCCACGCAGGGGGAGCAGCUGGGUGGGCCUGGGUGGCCAUGCAAAGCGCUGCUCUCUCUCAGCCUCCGAGCAGAGGGAAGCCCCUCCGGUGGGCGCUGGCACGGGGCACGGCCACAGCAGUCUCAGCGGCUGCCAUUCCCACAGGCUCAGGAAGGGAGAGCCAAGCAGGGGCGAGAGCCUGGGUCAGGAGGAGCCAGAGGGGAGGACUUCUUUCCAGGAGUUUCUGUAGGGCCCCAGGGCAGGGCUCCGUGAGCUCCAGCUGAAGGCAAUGCCGCCCAGGGAAUGAAUCCCAGGCUACGAAGUACAGAAAUCCGCGGGCACAGCGCAUGGCGGCCCUGACGGCCCUCCUGUGGCAUGAGGACAAGGGCGCUUGGUUCGACUACGACCUUGAGAACCAGAAGAAGAACCACGAGUUUUACCCGUCCAACCUCGCUCCACUCUGGGCCGGCUGCUUCUCUGACCCUGCCAUCGCAGACAAGGCUCUGCAGUACCUGCAGGACAGCCAGAUCCUGAACCACCGCCAUGGAAUCCCAACCUCUCUCCAGAACACAGGCCAGCAGUGGGACUUUCCCAAUGCCUGGGCCCCCCUUCAGGAUCUGGUCAUCAGAGGCCUGGCCAAGUCGCCUUCAGCUCGGACACAGGAAGUGGCUUUCCAGCUGGCUCAGAACUGGAUCUGGACCAACUUUGAUGUCUACUCCCAAAGAUCAGCCAUGUAUGAGAAGGUGAGCUGGCCGCAGCUUAGUCACCGAUCAGUGCUGUAA